UUUGCACUUUCUUGCUUCCAACCUAUAUUCGCUUUGGUGGCAGUUCAACUAACACACACAAGCCCUUCAAUAGUUUCUCCUGUCGCUCCUUCCAAAUGUCGUCGCCGGUGGCCACCGUCGUCUCCGCCGCCGCGCCGUACGACCGCGCCAAGGCCGUGAAAGAGUUCGACGAAACCAAGGUCGGAGUCAAAGGUUUGGUCGAUUCGGGGAUCCAAACCAUCCCUCCUUUCUUCGUUCACCCGCCCGAAACCCUAGCGGGCCUGAAGCCCGGGCCCGAUCCCGAAUCCGCGCCCGAAAUUCCGACGGUGGAUCUCUCCGCCUUGGGGGGCUCCCGCGCCGCCGUCGUGGAGCAAGUCCGGCGAGCGGCGAGCACGGUGGGGUUCUUCCAGGUCAUCAACCACGGUGUCCCGGAGGAGCUCCUCCGGCGAACGCUCGCGGCGGUGAAGACGUUUCACGAGCAACCCGCGGAGGAAAGGGCGCGGGUGUACCGUAGGGAAAUGGGGAAGGGUGUAUCGUACAUUUCCAACGUGGACCUCUUCCAAUCAAAAGCUGCCAGCUGGCGCGAUACAAUUCAGAUUAGGCUGGGGCCGACCGCAGCGGAUUGGAGCGAGAUUCCGGAGGUGUGUCGGGAAGAGGUGAUGGAAUGGGACAAGGAGGUGACACGUGUAGCUGCAGUGUUGUAUGGGUUGCUGAGUGAGGGGCUGGGAUUGGGUGCGGAGAGGCUCACGGAGUUGGGUUUGGUGGAAGGGAGGGUUAUGGUGGGCCACUAUUACCCCUUUUGCCCUCAGCCUGAUCUCACGGUGGGUCUUAAUUCUCAUGCGGACCCAGGGGCUCUUACGGUGUUGCUGCAGGACCAUAUUGGGGGCUUGCAGGUUGAGACACAACAGGGUUGGAUCCAUGUCAAGCCUCAGCCUCAGGCUUUGGUCAUCAACAUCGGAGAUUUCCUUCAGGUACUUUCAAACGAGGCAUAUAAGAGUGCUCAUCAUCGAGUAUUAGCCAAUAAUUGUAAUGAGGCACGAGUCUCGGUUGCUGUUUUCCUGAACCCUAGUGACAGGGAAAGACUUUUUGGACCAUUGCCAGAGCUAACAUCAGAAGAGAAACCACCUCUUUAUAGGAACUUCACGUUUCAUGAAUUUAUGACCAGGUUCUUCAAAAAAGAGUUGGACGGUAAAUCAUUGACAAAUUUCUUCAGGAAGUGAUGCACACGUACCAUCUGUUUCUGCUCAUAUAUCAAUGUUAAUUCUUAAAGUUAUCAUAAUUAAGAAGCUUCAUGUUCUGCUGCUAUUUUAUUUUAUGCUAAUACAGUUGUGGAUAUAAGGUGUAACAUGUUUAUAAAUACAUAAUCGUUCUUCCCUCUGAUCAUGAUCAUGAUCGUAGUCUA